AUGUCACUAGCAGACGAGCUACUCGCAGAUCCAGAUUUUAUAACUACUCGUGACGAGGAAACUAACGAUGAUAACGAUGAAUUGGAAGAUGUUAAGAUGCGAGAUAUAGAAGAAAUAGAAGAGGUUGAUAUGGUUGAUGAUUUGGAAGAAGAAAAACAGAUAAGCUCGGAGGUUGAAAUGAAAAAUGUAAUGGAUGUGAGAAAAAUUGCUAAAUUACUUGGCUCUAGACAAAUGAAGGAUGUUCUAAUG